CUGGAAUGCCCGUAUUUCUAGAAUGAUUUAAUGAAUAUCAGACAGUAUGAAACUAGCUCACGUCUCUACCCUUAUCCCUACUACAUUUUGCAGAAUUUGUUAAGAUUAUACUUCCUUAUCGCAACCCCACCAACCAUUUAUUUCGUCAAACUCCUUUUUUUAUUCUUCUAAAUGUGGUUCAAUACGUGAGGCUAAGAAAAUGGUAAGAUCAGAAGCUAUGUACAACCUCUGCAUUCUUUUUCUCCUGGUAUUACAGGGUUGGUCGGAACUAGCAGCUUCUCACUCAAUAGUUGAGUUUCUUCCAGGGUUUCAGGGGCCACUUCCCUUUGAAUUUGAAACUGGAUAUAUUGGUGUGGAUGAAUCAGAAGACGUGCAGCUCUUCUACUACUUCGUUAAGUCACAGGGGAAUGCAAAAGAGGAUCCUCUCGUGCUUUGGCUAACUGGUGGCCCUGGCUGUUCUGCCCUUUCUGGUCUUAUUUAUGAAAUUGGUCCAAUAUAUUUUGAGGUAGUGGAGUACAAUGGGAGCUUACCGACAUUGGUCUUGAAUCCACACUCAUGGACAAAGGUGGCCAGCAUAAUAUUUGUAGAUUCGCCUGUUGGCACUGGAUUCUCUUAUGCAAGAACCCCACUUGCUUCUCUCACAGGGGACUUCAUACAAAUUAAGCAAGCUGACGAAUUUCUUAGAAAGUGGCUGACAGAUCAUCCGGAAUUCCUCUCAAAUCCAGUUUAUGUCGGUGGGGAUUCCUACUCUGGCCUUCCUCUUCCAGCCUUAGUUCAGCUAAUUUCAGAUGGGAAUGAAGAUGGUAGCAAACCACUGAUAAAUCUCAAGGGAUACAUACUUGGGAAUGCUGCUACAGAUUUCACUUUUGAUGGCAACUCUAAGGUCCCAUUUGCUCACGGCAUGGGACUUAUUUCUGACGAACUCUAUGAGUCAUUGAAGAGAAAUUGUAGGGGAGAAUACACGUUUGUAGACCCGAGCAAUGCAGAUUGUUUGCAGCAUAUGCAGGAAUUUUAUAAGUGUACUUCAGGACUUGAUGCUGCACAAAUCUUGGAGCCCCUUUGUGCUUUUGUCUCCCCAAAGCCAUUGGAGUUAUCAUUUCAUAAAAGAAGAUCUCUCAUUCUCAAUGACAACUCCGGAGAUUUGGUUGAUCCUGAUCCAUCACUUCCUACAAUUGGCUGUCGGACUUACGCAUAUCUGCUUUCCAAAUAUUGGGUCAAUGACAAAAGUGUCCAAAAAGCACUUGGCGUACGAGAGGGAACCAUAGGGCAAUGGGAACGAUGCACUAAUGGAUUAUCUUAUACCCAAGAAAUUUUCAGCACUAUUAAGUAUCAUUUAUAUCUGGGGAAGAAAGGUUACCGUUCGUUAGUCUACAGUGGCGAUCACGACAUGCUUGUGCCAUUCGUGGGAACUCGAGCAUGGAUAAAAUCUCUGAACUUCUCCAUUGUUGAUGAUUGGCGGCCAUGGCUCCUUGAAAGCCAAGUUGCAGGAUACACGAGAACUUACUCUAAUCAGAUGGCAUAUGCGACUGUGAAGGGUGGAGGGCACACAGCUCCUGAAUACAAGCCUGCAGAAUGUUUUGCUAUGUUCAAGAGGUGGAUAAGCCAGGAGCCUCUGUAACUAGGUUGCAGCCCAAAGUGGUGAUAUGAAGGCUAAUAUGAACCGUAAAUUCAAGAGAAAUAAACUAAAACUAGAGCAAAGAGUUAUGGGAAAAUACUUGCCUUAUGGGAAAAUACUUGCCCUCUAAGUUGUUCUUCUAUUCCUUUAUAAAUAAAAUGUACAAUUGCAUAAUGUAGUAAUUUCGUGAAAUCUAUGUGGAAUAAUUAUGAAUAAAAAUUAAAUUCAAUUAAUAUUAAA